AUGAAAUUAUUUAGAUUUCAUUUAGCUGAAUAUCGAUUCAGUAAAAGUAAACAUUUGAAGUUUCUUGCUAAUAAUCAAAGCAACUUUAGUCAGUCUUCUCGAUUUUUUAAAGAAACCUUUAUGUACCCUAAAGAAAUACUAUUGGACUAUUAUCGAGAUAAUAAUGCAAUUUUGAAUUCAAUCGCUGACAAUGAUGAUAAGCUUUAUUUGAUAAAAACACUGGUGAAAUGCAGUUUUGAUGAAAACUUGGCGCCAAUUACAAAGACAAGUUUGAGUUUGAAAGAAAAAAUUGAGAUUGCAAAACACCCAAAGUUUAAAGAUCAAUAUAAAAACGAAAUUAUAGCUAAUGCAGCAUCAUUAACAAUUGGUGAAAGCGCAGUUGCAGCAUGAAUUUAUGACAAUGAACCGCCAUUUAGUGAUAAAUUGUUGAAAUUGGAAGGAAAUUUUGAGACGUACGAGGAGCUGCUUUAUUUUUUAAGAGUAUGGCUGCAUUGAAACAUUGAAAGUAAAGAUAUGGAAAAGUAUGCUUAUGCACAAUUUCUAGAGCUAUAUAGAAACCAAGGUCUUGAUAAUGAUAUUUUUCUUGAAAUAUGUGAUUUAUUAACCCAGUAUUGGUCAUUUAUUGGUGAUUUUAUAUAUGUGGCUGCCUUAUUCAAUCAAAAUUUACUUUCUUUUCAGCUAAACCAAUUUGAAAAAGCUCUAAAGCUCAUGUGCAAAUUUCAGUGUUGGCUAACGUACCAUGUUCCAUAUGAUAAUAUAGAUUUAUAUCUAGAAAAAAUUCAAAUACAAAAAAAUUUCUCAGUAUUACUUUCUAUAUGUGAGUCUCUUUUGUAUUUAAAAAUAAAAAUUCCAGAAAAGUUUUUACAAUACAUAUAUGAGAAUUUCUUCGAACAAAACCUUGAAGAAAUCGUGAAAUUUUUGAAUCUGUGUUUAAAAAUUGAUGGAAAUAAAAACAGUAUAAAAAAGAUUGUGCAGGUUAGGUUAUUAAAGUUAGGUGUUAGCCAUAUGCAGUUACCAAAAUCUCCUGUACGGGAGGUUCAUCCGCUUUUCAACUCCAGCCCAGAAGGUCUGGGUACCUUCUGUCUCCUCCUUGCGGCUUCAAUCUUGAGUGGACUUAUGGAUUUCUGCUGCCCUACUACAGGCGAUUGGAGUAGCUUGAUCCCAAGGAUUCUUGGAGUCUAUCGGGUAUCGAAGUGCCUUGUUCGACAGCUACAGGAAAAAGACUUCUCCCCUGGUUUGGGCCGAAACCCACAGUUUCUCGGUUAAGGCCCAUGGGUCCUCAGAUCCAAAGAACGUUGCUCGACACCUCAAUUUCCAACCACAUGAAAGCAGCCAAACCUACCCGGAUACACAUCUCUUGAGCCUGAACUUGAUUCUAGGCUUAGAGUCUGUCCCAGUUUACCGUAGCCGCAAGUCCCGGACUGUUACGCCAAGAGGGCAGGUUGACACGUGCCGCCAUUUUAAUUUAUAGCUUGUGCAGGUAAUUUCAGUGGUAUGAAAAGAGUCUCCAGAUUUUUCAUCAAUAGUCAAAUGUUUUGCUGCUUUUUCUGGGCAUGAUGUAGACAGCUCUCUGAGGUUAGAGUUUGUAAAAUAUAUCAUGAAAAAUAUAAGUCAAGCCAAUAAAAAAGACAUAUUCGAUCUUCUUGAUGUUUGCUCGCACUCAAGGAACGAUACAAAAGUGUAUGAUAAAGCAAUAGAAAGACUAGAAGUGCUUUUUCCAACAUUGAACUGGGAUGAAACCUUGGUCAUUCUUCAAAUAUUUGGAAGAUUAGUGUCUGAAAAUUAUCAAAUGAAAAGAAGGAUAAAUAUGCUAAUUGAGGAGAAAAUCAUUGAAAAUUACGAUAAAAUCAACUUUUUCAAUGUCGUACAUAUUUUGCAUCAUUUUGCAUUCAAAUGGUACAGUAAAGAUAUUUGCAAUAUGAUUUUAAAGUUUAUUGAGAUCAUGGACAAAGGACUUGAAAUGUCCAAUACCCCUCCUCCAGAGAGCAGUUUAUAUUUCAAAGAAAACUCAGUUUAUUACAUCCCAAACAAUGAAAUCUUAAAUAAACUUACCAGUGGAGCCCUUGCCACAGUCAUUGAAUCAUUUUUUUUUCGAUGUGAAAGACCCCCUUACAUAAACACAAUUAUGGAAAACUAUCUAAAAGCACUAAUUAAUAGCAAAUGAAGAAUUUUAACAGAGAAGCACAAGUUAAAGCUUUUUCAGCUCAUAUCAUUAAAAGAAAAUCGUAACGAAAGUAUAACGAAAAUUAUUGUCGAAAAAAUAUCUCAAGAGCCUAUUCAUUUGACAAGUCUAAAAGAAGCCAAAAUUUAUAACAACUCGACCAAAAGUAUUAGCACAAAAGAGCAUAAAGAUGGAAAGACGUUAAAAUACUAG